AUGGCGGCCAAGGCGAUGUGGGAGGUCGACCCGGAGACCCGAAGCAAGCUUGCUGCGUUGGGCAAAAAGGAGGGCGCGGGCAACGACAAAUGUUGUGACUGCGGCGCCCCUUCACCGCAAUGGGCGUCCCCCAAGUUUUCCACCUUCAUCUGCCUCCAAUGCGCCGGCGUGCACCGUGGACUCGGAGUCCAUGUCUCCUUUGUGCGGUCCAUCUCCAUGGACGCAUUUAAACAGGCCGAGAUCCUCCGGAUGCAAUACGGCGGGAACAAAGCCUGGCAAGACUUCUACAAUAAGAAUAGCCCCUCACUACCGUUUGAGGAGGCCACGAUAAAGGAACGGUAUGACUGCGAGGUUGGCGAGGAAUGGAAGGAAAGGCUCUCAUGCCAAGUAGAAGAAAGAGAGUUUGACAAAGCUGCCUUCCAAAAAGAAAGGCAGGCAAUCCUGCAGAAACAGGCCAGCCGCUCAGUUACACCGGCUGGAGGAGCAAGGAACAACAACGCCGCGGUGUCAAGCAACAGCCGGCCAGGCAGUCGGACUGCGUCCCCGGCACCCUCGAAGGGGGGACGCAUAACAGCCGAUCAAAAAGCCCAGAAUGAAGCCUACUUUGCGCGAAUGGGCGAGGCGAAUGCCACCAGACCAGACAAUUUACCACCAAGCCAGGGCGGGAAGUUCGGUGGCUUCGGCAGCGCGCCCCCGGAGCCCUCGCAGCAGCAGGGUGCAGGGGCGAUCCCCUCUGCAGAUGAUUUCUCCAAGGAUCCCGUGGCAGCUAUAACGAAGAGCUUUGGCUGGUUUGGAGGGAUGGUCAGCAAGCAGGCCAAGCUGGUGAAUGAUUCAUACAUUCAACCUACUGCUCGAAAUAUCGCAUCCUCAGACUUCGCGGCCCAAGCCCAAAAGGCCGCCGCGGCGGCGGGACAGGGCAUCCAGUCCGGCGCACGCGGCGCCGCCGAAUCAUUCAACAAAUUCGUCGAAGGCCAGGACGAAAAGGCCGCUUCCGCGGCGGCUUCUAAGCGGGCAGAGCCGGAGAGGAAGGACUUCUGGGACAGUUUCGGCCAGGGCGGAGGGAACAGCAGUAUCGGGACGAGUGCAAUGAGGAAGACAACCUCAGGGUCGUCCACGGCGGCGAAUCCGUCGCGGAAGAGCAAAGAGGACGGCUGGGGCGAUGAUUGGUAG